GCGUGCGACGGCGAGAUUGAUUUUCUGCGAUCAACGACCCCGGAAUCCGGUUCUUGGGACAUUCGCGCUCGUAAUGGACAUGGACACUUCCCCGUUGGCGACAUCGUCGUCGGCAUCUGCGGCGUCGAACGAUGCCAUGCAGCACGGUGACAGUGCCGUGGCUGCAGGAGCAGCGGAGAGCGCAACACCUGCCCACACGCUGGCGCAGAAUGCUCCUCCGAGCAACCAGAAUGCUCCGUCCACCCCGCAGCGAUCUGCCACCAUCCAAGCGCUCGCUAGUGGGAAUCUCGAGGCGUAUGCACGACGAUUCCAAGAGGCUCGAGAUGACAAGACGCGUCUCGAGCAUGCAACAGAAAUCCGUGAAUGCAUUGAUUUCGUUCAUUCCGCCGAGUACGGCAGCUUUCUCAAAUUCUUGCUCCCAGAAUUCCUCAGCGCCCUUCGUGAGGCUCCUGAAUUGGAGAACUCUGACUCUGUGAAACAAAAACUCAGAAACACGCUCAUGGACGUGUUGAACCGAUUGCCCACCUCAGAAGUGAUGCGACCACAUGCAGGGGACAUUAUGAAGACCGCGCUGUACGUGCUAGAGUUUGACAACGAGGACAAUGCGGUGGUCGCAGUCCGCAUCAUCACCGAUCUGCACAAGGCGUUUCGGCCCAUGUUGGUGGCAGACGUGCAGCCCUUUUUGAACAUUAUCCAGCAGUUUUACCGCAACAUGCCGGUGACGUACGAGCAGGCCUUUCAGUCGACAGGAGCGACAUCGACGGCUUCUUCACCUCAGCGACCAGCGUCUGUUGCCAGUCUGAGUGCAGCCAACGCGGCGGCGACGACUGGAGAAGCAAAUUUGGACAUUGGGUCUGCAAGCGCCGCAGGACGGUCAACUCGCCCAAUACGCGCAGGGAAUUCGUUCAAGGUGCUGACCGAGUGUCCGUUCGUCGUUGUGCUGCUGCUGCAGCUCUACAAACCCUCGGUGCCGCCUCAAACAAUGGGUCAGUUUUUGCGGCUAAUUCUCGAUGUCUUUGGCAUUUCCCCGCCAGCCUUGGAUCUGGUGCAAGCCACACCAGCCAAAAAGACAGCCUUUGCUGACUUUAUCAGCUGCCAAGUCAAGACACUCUCGUUUUUGGCGUUUCUCAUGAGGGGAACGCCCGAACCUCCACGAAUCUUUGUGAUUAAGGUGCCUCCGUUCGUCCUUCAACUCUUGCAAUCAUGCCCCAACGAAGCAGUUGCCACACGGCGCGAGCUGCUCGUUGCGAUGCGGCACUUGCUGACUGGAGAGCUACGGAGUGGAUUUGUUCCAAUCAUUGACUCUCUUCUCGAUCCAAAGGUUCUCGUCGGACACGGCCUAACCGCACACCAAACACUGCGCCCGUUGGCGUUCAGCAUGCUUGCCGACUUGCUCCACCACAUCCGAACUGAGCUGACAAUCGAUCAGCUACAGCGCGUCAUCAAGCUGCACGCUCAGAACAUUCUUGACGCAACCUUGCCGGUCUCGGUGCAGAACAUGUCGCUCAAGCUGCUGCUCAAUCUGACGGACGUCAUUACGAAGCGCGACGAAGCAGAUCCGGGCUCGGGGAGAGAUUUGCUGGUGCACAUUUUGGCCAUCUUUGCCAGCAAGCUUGAUUCGACCAAUCGCAUCAUUUCUCCGUUCAUGAAACUGGUUCUGGUCCAUGUUCGGUCGCCAACAUCAGCCGCUGUCGUGACGACUGGUCCACCGCAAUCAGUGAGCUCCAUCGCUCCUGCCACCCAGACUCCUCCCCUUCUCGCCGUUGCGGGGCUGGACGACGAUUCCAUCGCCUGCCUUGAGGCCUACAUGGGUUUGGAGCGCCCCAAGCCGGGCAUUUCGACUCUUCAGCACCCCGAGACGCUGGGAGACAUGACAAAAGAUCUGCGGCUGUUGGUCCGCACGCUUGUCGCAGGGUUCAAAACGCUUGUCCACUCCAUUCAGACAUGCAACCAGCAUUCACUCUUGCUCUUGCCGGUGCUCAAGCCAGACGAAGUGCACCUGUUGCAUGACGUCUUUCGACACACCUUGCUCUGCUUUGACAUUUACUCGCACCUGGCCAAUGCCGUCACCCAAGCCGUCGCGGCUCGUGGGGCGACCGGGGCGAUGGCUCAGGCAUUCGCGUAUGCUGCCAAAGACGAGAAGGACACGUUUGACAUGUUUGCGAGCGCAUUCAUUUCGCUGGAUGAACCAACCUUCCUUGAAGUUGUUCAGACGCACUUGCCGUUGAUGUUGCAGCGCAUCACUGACAACCAUGCCCUGUCCACCAUCCCGCAACAUUUCCUGGCCAACAUUUCAGUGUCCCGCCUGUUUGUGUCGCGCUUUCUCCGGUUCCUCGUCGACCGCAUGGAAGUGCUGGGCGCAUCGGACAAGAACGCGUCGAAUGUCAUGCUUCGGCUGUUCAAGCUCGUGUUUGGCGCCAUCUCCAUUUUUCCAGACAAGCACGAGGACCACCUACAAUAUGUGCUCCCGGAUAUUGUCAACCGCUGUCUGGUCUUGUCACAGAUUGCGCCGGAACCCCUGAACUACCUCUACUUGCUUCGCGCCCUCUUUCGCGCAAUCAGUAGCGGCAAAUUUGAGCACAUCCAUCGCGACUUUCUCCCGCUGCUUCCGUCGCUGUUAGAGACUCUGAAUCGGCGUCUGUCGGAGCCGUUCUCUGGCCGCUACUGCCCGCUGAUGAGAGACUUGUGCGUCGAAUUGUGCCUCGCCGUUCCCGUGCGCCUGUCGUCCCUGCUUCCGUACCUCAAGUUCUUGAUGACUCCCUUUGUUCUUGCGCUCCGCAUGAACUCGGAAGUGACGGGCCAGGCGCUGCGUACCCUCGAGCUUUGUCUCGACAAUGUUGCCCCGUCGUUCUUUGACCCGAUCGUGCAGCCAUUCCGAGACGAUAUUUGCCUCGGGCUGAUGCUGCAGCUUCGACCGCAGAUGAACAAUGUCGGGCAGGGCUCUGGUAUUGUUCCCAGUCCAGAUCCCACGACUGCAAGCAGCGUCGCAAGCUCCGCCUCUUCGUCACAGUCACAAUCGCAGUAUGGCUCGAUCGCAUUCCGAAUACUCGGCAAGCUUGGUGGGGCCAAUCGCGUGGCUCUCGACCACACGUCAAACCUAAACUUCCGUCUUCCAGCCGAAUCAUCGGCCGUCGGUUCAGUCCUUCCCUUUGGGAAGUCUGCAACCCCGACGCUGGACCUCAGCCCAAACCCCGUCCGUAGCCUGGAAGUGGGCGCAGAUAUUGUCGUCCCGUUCGACUUGAUGCCCAGCAUGCGCACGGAACUGCGCCUUCCCUUGGAUGCUCCACUUGAAUUUGCGGGGCACGUGCUCAUGGCGGCGGCUGCUCUGGCCAGUACGACCGUGUUAAACUCGUCCGCAAUGACCAGCGCCCAGCCCGCCACCACGUCUGCUGGGUCGCUGCCAACCACCGCUGAAGCCGCUCUCGCAUCGAGUGCCGCAGCUCAUGCCCUGGUCAGCGCGCUGCACUCGUUUUCCCAAACCCCUGCGACCGCGCUCAGCGCUGCUGUGGACGCACAUUUGCGGGAGAAUGCUUGGCAACUUGUCGAGUCCAGCUUGCUGGCCGCGUUGUGUGUUGACGGCACGCCUUCAGCUUCAGAUGAAGCCCUCUCUGACGCAGUCCAGGCAUAUGCUUUGAAGAUUUUGGAAGUAUUCCAGCCGCGCCUGGCUGAGCUGGAGGCAAAGGCGACCUUGACGGAAGCAAGCAAGCCUGCCGACGCAAUGGAUGUUUCGACGUCGGACGUUGCUCAACCCGAGGCCAACCCUGACAGCAGUGCAGCCGCUACGAGUGCUGCAACAUCCGCCCCGAGUCCGCUGCCGCUUGAGGCGCAACCCACCGCGGCAGCCCGAGAGCACAGUCGAAUGCUGAGCUCCCUCAUGUGUGCGGGCCUCGUUGCCUCGACCGUUCCUGACUUGGCCUCCGCUGCCUCCAACACGCUCAAAUUGGUCGUGCGUCAGGUGGCCAUCAACACGUUGGCUCUCGGAGCGGACGCGGUCUUGCAUCUUUCGACGCGUGAGUUGCUGAUUGCCUCGAGCGCCGACGAAGUGGCGGCCUUUCAGCACGCAAUCGUCACAGUCAUGGGCCAUGAAUGCGCGGACUGGUUUCCAGCUGCUGCGCAAUACCUCGACCUGUGGUUGGAGACGCUUGCUGCAGCGUUGGCUCUGCCUGUGCCUGCUCUUGCCCAUUUGGCCGUUACGGACGCGCUGGUUCGGCAAAUCGUUGCCCUGGGAAGCGAGCGCGAAAUCUAUCGCAAAGUGGGCGCUUGUCGUGCGCUGUCGCAUCUUUGCGGCUUGUUUGGACGGCCCUGGGUCCAGCAGAAUGCCACCCUGCUUCUUCGCGCGUGCAUUUUCAUGCUCACCGACAGCGCGGCAGAUUGCAGCGUCAGCCUAGUGCGGCACAUUCAGGAAACCAUCCUUGUCAUUUUCAAUGCGUGCUUCGAGCAUCGCACGAGUCAAGUGGCGGAACCGGAACUCUCGCUGGUUGACGUGGCCAUUUCCAGCUCGUUUGAUGCCUGGACGGAAGCUGAGCGCGCCAUGGUGAAUGAUCUUCUCGCCCUCCUGGUCCCCGAGCUGGUCUCUCCCAAGAUUGUCGUGCGCACUCAAGUGCAAGAGCUGCUUGUCCGAAUCGCCAGCGUGUGUGGUAGACCGCUGCAAGAGCUUCUCGAGCCCAUGCAGGCCGUGUUUAUGCAAACCAUUUUGCCAAAGACCUUGCGGAGCUGGAUGCUGCCCAUGCAGGCUGCGUGCAUGUCAGCGCUCACGUUUGGCCUGCACCACGCGCUCGCGUUCUUGGUCCAAGCUGCUGCAGCAAGCUCUUCCUCUGAUCUUGCUCGCGUUCUCACGGAAGUGCUGGUCAUUUGCGAGCAAGACGAUGCUGCGCUGGCUCGCCACGAAGCCACUCCUUUGGCAAUGAUUUCUUCGCGAACCGGACUGUCCUCUGCUUUUGUCGGCAUGACCGUGGACGGAAUCGCGCUCCUUCGCGCAGAAGAGGGCAAUGGCUCGCACCUGGGUGGGAUUUCUCACGGGAACCAACCCAACAACCUCCUUCCAAAGAGCCUGCCAUUCCCCCAGCCCCUGCCACAAGUUCCGACCCCAAUCGACUCGCUGCGAGCGCAUGGCAUCAGCUUGCUCGCCACGGCGCUAGAAACGGGCGAGUUUGACGAACUAUUCCAGCAGGACAUUCGCAAUCGCUGCACCGCCGUGUUCUUCCGCGGAGUGGCUUCGCCUGCUCCGCAAGUGGCGCACGCCGCCGCUGCUGGACUGCAUCUGACUGUCCAGCAGCACAAGUUGCCAAAAGAUAUUCUUCAGCAGUCGCUGCGGCCCGUGCUGCUCAACCUGGCAGAGCAUCGAAAACUCUCGCUCCCCUUGCUGGCAGGCUUGUCGCGGCUUGUUGAGCUUCUUGGCAGCUGCUUCAAUGUGACACUCGGCGACAAGCUACUCGAGCAUCUGCGGAAAUGGACAGACCCCGACCGCUUCUUGCUUGCCACCCAAACGCCGCCAACGAGGCUUUGGAAGGAGCCUGAAGAAGUCGCGAUUGCCACGGCCAUCCUCAACGUCUUCCACAUGCACCCGCCCAGUGCGCUCAAGUUCUUGGACUCGCUGGUCUCACUCACGCUCGAUCUGGAAGUCGUGCUCGGGCGAAACGAGUCGAGCCCAUUCCGGGAGCCGCUCCUCAAGUACUGCUGCAACUAUGCGAGUGAAAGUGCUCCCUACUUUUUGCUGCGUUUGUCGCAGCCGCGCUUUUCGCGCUUGUUCCAGCAUCUUUUGCGAAUGCCUGCGGGAGAAGCCCUGCGCGCAGCCGUUAUCAGUCUCGUUGACAACCCCUUGUUUUUCGAGCAGACGUUUAACAGCACCAUCUCGCAGCAUCAGGCUCGUAUUCAGAGCUUGCAGCUCACGCUCAAUCAACUUCAAACGCACCAGCAGCAGCAACAGCAAAUUCUGUUGCAACAGCAGUCAGCGAGCAACGCGCAAUCCUUCCCUCGGUGGAUUGGUAUCGAUGUGCACGUCGACGAUAGUCCGGCGACAGCGCUGGCCGAGCUCAAGUACCAGGGCCUGAUGACAAUCCACACCCUUCUUUCCUUCCGGCCAGCCCUGCUGGUCGACUCGCCGGCCGUGACGCAGCGGAUUUUGUCCUUGCUGGACGACUUGGUCCAGUCUGCGCAGGGUCUGCUGUCUGGUGAACGGCAGGACGUUUGCAGCAUUCUUUUUAGCAAGCAUCGUGCCGCUGUCAUGCUCUUGGAGUGCUGUGUUGAUUACUGUCGCACUGCGCAGUCCGAUUGCACAGAAGUCCUGUUCAAAAUGGGCCUUGUCAGCAGCGAUUUGCAGCUCCCGCCCGACCUCGGCUUUAUUCAAGUCUUUUUCGAGCGGGAGGUUGUUGUUAAAUGGCCCUUGGAUGUGCGUCGGGCAAUUGUGACUCGCUUUUUGUCAGAGUUUUCCGGAACAACCUACUCGCUGGCGGCCAAGGCGAAAAUUCUUCGACACCUCGUCAGGGCCAUCUGCGCGAGGGUGUUUGAACAGGGCGAGGAGACCCUCUUCGAUCAGGAAAUGCUUUCCCUUGUCGCCUCCAAAAUCAUCGGCAUGGCCUCGCAGGAAACCAGCUCGGGCAUCUUUGCCAACGAUGCGUUGGGGUUGCUGGAUGCUUUGGACGGCGGCGCAGCUGGAAGCGCUGCCGCUAGUUCGGCGUUGACCCAUCAGGUGCAGUCGGACGCGCUCAAGCUGGAAAUCAUGCAGUUUGUUGCCUUGCUGGUUCGCCACGUUGCGAGCGAGAUGGUGGACAUGCGCAAGGAGCUCAUCAAGUUUGCUUGGAGCUUCCUGAAGAGCGACGAUCCGCACGUCAAGCACUGUGCCUAUGUGCUUAUUGCGCGGAUUAUUGAAGCUUUUGACAUUCCCCCGCGCAUUGUUCUGCAAGUGUACGUGUCGCUUCUGAAGGCCCACCAACCAGAGGCUCGACACCUCGUGCGUCAGGCUCUCGACAUUUUGGUGCCUGUGCUUCCUGUUCGCGGUCCGGUGGAUCGUGACCCUCGCUUCCCACUCUGGGUGCGAUGGACGAAAAAGGUCAUUGUGGACGACGGGCACACGUUGGCGCAACUCAUCCACGUCCUGCACAUCCUGGUGCGGCAUCCAGACCUGUUCUACCACAACCGCAGUCACCUCAUUCUGCAGUUGGUCGACGCGUUGACGCGCAUCGGCCUGUAUGGUCCAGCGCCGCUCGAAAACCGCAAACUUGCCGUGGACAUUGCCGAACUGAUCAUUCGCUGGGAACUUCGAAGGGCAUCGGAGCAGGAUCCCGCUGCUGUGCCUGGCAUCGCACCCAACAGCAACGCGACAACCCCAGUCACGUCUCGCACCGUCCCCACUGGUGGUGUUUCAUCCGCUUCAUCGCUCGCCGAUGAGGACGCAACCGUUGACAGCGGAAUGGCCAUCAGCCCUGCAACCAAGCAGCAGUCGGCAUCCGGCGCAUCAUCGUCUUCUUCAUCAUCAUCAUCAUCGUUCAAGUUGCAGUCGGCGUUUGUUGAGGUCGUUUGCAACUUUUUGGUGCGCGUUGCGUGCCAGGUCGAGCCACUUCCCAGCUCUAGCUCGGGGACUGGCGCUUCAGCUGCCGCGAGCGGCUCUGCGUCGUCGUCGUCUGGUGCCAGCUCCACGGACGAUCUCACCACGCGCUGUCUCGAACUCUUAAAGCUUGUCCUCACUCCGACGCUUUGGCCUAAUGCCAGCAUCAAAUUCUCGUACUUUGAAAAGCUGCUCCAGGCCGAUCUGACCAUUCCCUCGAACAUGACAAACUUGGCGACUGCGCUGGACAUUUUUGCCCUGGCGCUCGAGAUGCAACCACCGGCACAGGCGCUGGCUCACGUCAACCUCUUGUCCCGCAGCCUGCAGCGAUGCGCCGUGCGUCCGUCGCCGAUUAUUCGGCGCAGCGUCGUUGGGGUGCUGCGGACAUUGCUGACCAUCCAUCCGUUGACGGACUUUGUGGCACUGGAGUCGUCCGCGAACGUGGUCGCAGCCUUCCAAGCCAGCUCCACUGAUGAAAUUGCCAACGCAUCCGACCGGCCUGCCCUCGACAUGUUCUACGCCUGUGUUGAUGAGCUCGUCACGCGAGAUUUGGCCGCGGUCGCCCAGUACUCUGAGCCCAAGCCAGACGAGCCUGAAGUGGAGAGCACAACCAGCAUUGACGUGACGGACACGCCAACCCCUUCGCUAUCCGCUCUGGUCGCCGUCUUGGGCGGUACUCUGCCCUACGCGAGCACUCUUGGCGCCCAUCGUGCCGAUUAUCUCGACAAGCACAUGUCUCACCUGACGGCGGCUUUCACCCAAGCAAUCCGUGACCAUUUGCUGCACCCUGAUGCGAGUGCAACGUCUGCUCCAAUGACGGCGACGACGACGGCCGCGACAACGACGACGACAACGACCACCACCACCACCACCACCACCACCACCACAUCCUGGCCGGUUGUUCUGCAGGAAUUCGUCAACAUCUUCCAAUAUCGAGUCCACGAACAUCCGGAAGCUCGUCGUGCACUCAUGAACGGACUCACCAUGUUGCUCGAUCGUAGCAACUCUCCCCAGACGUUUGCAACCAUUUCGGAAGCCCUCAAAACGUGGCUGCCGCUUGUGCAUCGCCCAUUGGUGUUCCCGUCGGCACUUGAGUUUUCCACACUGGUCACUCGAUUGCACCAGCGGGUGCAAAAGGGUUCGCCUGCGACCGCUGGCUCAACGGCGGCAUUUUUGCAGCUUGUCGAGCAAGUGUAUCUCGAUCCAUUGCUGCUUGGAACAGAUCUGACCGUCUUGCUGCAGCCAGUGUUCUUGUCCGGCCUCAAAUCGUCCGACGCCAAAGCUCGUGGUCGCUUCCUGGCCAUCAUGCAUGAGAACAUUGGCACCACGCUUGUCGAGCGACUUGUCUACGUUCUGAGCGUGCAGUCAUGGGAGUCUGUUGCGGGUCACUACUGGCUCAAACAAGCCGUCCAUCUGUUGCUUGCCAUCGGCCAUGCCGGUGGUGAAAUUGGAUCUGCUCUGGCCCAGCCUUCCUCCAGUGCGCGUGCCGCCGCCCGCCACCGCUUGGAGGCGACUUCGCGCCCAAAGGCAACUGAAACAUCCCUUCGAAUGCACGUCAAGCCCGACAGCGACGGCGACGCCGGGUUGACUGAAACUGUUCCGAUGGACACCUCUUCUUCUCCUGCUGACGGCGUCGAUCGUUCCUUCAUCCAAUCUGCGCACAAGCCGCGAAAAUCUCUCAAGCUGCGUCGAGAUGGCGGCCAAGAGUCCGACCUCGCGUUGUCGUCGGCGGGUGAAGGUGAGCCAGCAGGUCUGAGCGAAUCGCUCGAGUCCAUCCUUUCGGGCCAUCGCGCAAGUCUGGCGGCGGCGCGUCAGCAAGGGCUGGAGCGCCCCUUGGUGGCCCUGUGCAACCUGCUGCACGGCAGUGCUGAAGUGACUCGCGAUCUCUUUUUCGCCAUCUUUGGCGGUAUUUGGCGUGCUCUAACGACGACUGCGGCCGACCACCGAGCGACUCGUACCCAGGAGGAGCUGGCAAGCUCACUAGAGUCGUUUUUCAACAAACCCUAUCUUGCGCGGCACGCUCAUGUUCGGCCCAGUGUGGUGCAGGAUGUUUUGGAGGCCGUUCGUCGGUGCAGCUUGCCGUCCCUCUCGCUCGGAAGUCCUUUACCAUCCAUUCCUGCUCUGCGACUGCCUCCGUUCUGUCUGCAGUACAUUGGCACGACGCACAAUGCACCAUUCUCUGCCCUGCUCAUGCUUGAAGAUGUCGCCCCGGUCACGCGAGGGCUGUCGAAACGAGAAGAUGCCAUCUACGCUGCCAAAGCGGCGGCGAGUGUGCACGACGCAACCGCCCUCGUUCCCCAUUCCGACAUUCCACACUUGUCUGCGGUCGAUCUGAAGAGUGUUCUUCCCAGCUCCAAGUUUGACCAGUUUGGCAUCUUUGCUAUGGAGACGGACGGCGAGACGGGUGCAGAUUGGUCUGUCUCAUCUUCCGAUUCACGACACCUUCAGCCAGAGGCCGAUGACGCAGAGGCGUAUUGUAACGAUGUGCUGUCGGAUCUCUAUCUGCGCAUGGGUGAAGCGGACAUGUGGCGCGGGGCAUGGAUGCGUCGUGCACAAGUGCCAGAGACUGCUCGCGCACUCUCGCUCGAGCAGCUGGGCCUGUGGGAGCAUGCCGAACAAGUCUACGAGCGCGUCAUGCUCCACCACAGCAACCGUCCUCGAGGAGAGUCGCGACCUGUUUUCCUUCGUCGAGAAUUCCGACUGUGGGAAGAGCGCUGGGCUGCGUGUGCCGAGGAGCUCGGUCAGUGGGACGUUCUCAACGAUUUUGCCAAGGUCGAUGGACAGGGCGCGUUGCUCCUAGACUCUGCCUUGAAAGUCGGCGACUGGCAACUGCAUCGUCAUGCGCUGAUCUCGGUUGAAAACACGCAGACCGACUCGUCCUGGCUCCGAAUGCACCGCACCUACUCGACCGCUGCCUCGCUCCUGCUCGAUCCUAUUCACUCCCUGUACACUGCCUUUUUGCAGCAACAGCGCGUGUCCCUCUCCCAAGUCAAGCCCUACUUUGACUCGGUCCCUCAGCGCGUUGCCCAGGUUGUUCGAUUGUGCGAAGAGGCCACGCAGCUGUCGCUGCGCGAGUGGCACGCGUUGCCCGAAAUGCCUCAUGUCGCCAGCGCUACACACGCUUCUCUUUUGCAGCAAUCUCAGCUUCUCGUUGAAUUGUCCGAGUCUGCGCAUGUGCUCGGGACCUUGCUUCAGACGAUGGUGACAUCCGUCACGUCCAACUCGCUGGCCAACGUGUCCACUCAAGCGGCGGCCGCCGCUGACCAGGCCUUGCUUGCCCUCCAGUCUCAUGUGCUGCCCGAGCUUCAUGGCAUCCUCGAGACGUGGCGCGAGCGGUGCCCAAAUCGAUCUGACGCGCUGACGAGCUGGUACGGCGUUUUGGGAUGGCGCCAGCAGGUCUUUUCCGCCGUCUCACAAGCGCUUCAGUUCCCACCCGUGAUUGACAAGUUGAGCUUGAUAUCGCUCAGUUCUCGUCAGUCGAUGAUGGCCAUGCACGGUGGUGAUCACGAAACGGCGUGGGUGAUGACAACGCUCGCGCAUGUCGCUCGCAAGCACCGAUUGCCGCGCCUGUCGCGUACAUUCCUGACUCGCGUGUAUACGUUGCCCAACAUGGGAGUGAACGAGGCCUUCUGCCAGCUCCGCGAACAGGCGCGCUGCUCUUUGCAACUCGGCUCGGACUUGGCCAAGAAUUUGGGACUGCUGAGCAGCGCCAACCUGACAUUCUUCACCAAGGCGCAGCAGGCAGAGUUGUUUGCGCUGAAAGCUGCGCUCAAGGCCCGCCUCGGUGACUCGGAUGGAGCUCACGAACAGUACGCUGUCUCUUUGCAGCUUGACCACACCUUCUCCCGCGGGUGGACUGAGUGGGGCCGCUUCUGCGAUGGCAUGUUUGUACCACCACCAGCGACAGACGCGAAACCGUCCAGCGCCACGCAGCUUGGUGUUGAUGCGGAGACAUCUGGAGCCGCCGCCAACGAGCCUGUCGUCGCCGUCCAUGAACGCAUGCAGUUUGCGACGAAUGCCAUUGCGUGCUACCUCUACGCCUGCAAAGGAUCCUCGCCACGGACUGCCCGUCACCUACUGGCUCGUGUUUUGUGGCUUUUGACGUUUGACGAUGCGUCCGCUGGUCGCCCGUUGGCCGCCGCUCUGGAAAAGCAUGGCGACACAGUUCCGGACGAAUAUUGGCUACCUUGGAUUCCGCAGCUGCUUGCAGCGCUUUCUCGUCCCGAGGCUGCCGAGGUCGCCACGAUUCUGAAACGUGUCGCCAAGGCUUUCCCGCAGGCGCUCUAUUACAACCUUCGAUCGACCUUCCUUGAAAUUCGCGCCCUUGUUCAGCAGCAGCAACAGCAGCAAAACCAAUCGCUGCUGCCCGGCCAAGCCAAGCCUGCACCGUUUGCUGCCCCGGUCUCUCAAAAGAUGGUGAACGGCGUCAUGAGCGUCGUCCGACAGGCGCAUCCGGCGCUCGCCUCCACCAUUGAAUUCAUGAUUGACGAGCUCACGACGCGAUUCAAACCGCUCUCCGAGGAAGAAUUGCUGCGCACGUUGCAAGCCCUGCUGACAGAGUGUCUGCAACGGGCCACCGCAGCGCCCGCAACGACGUCGACGUUCUCUGGUCGCGCCGCCACCGCCUUGGCCCCCGGUGUUGUGCCUCAUCAGAUCGAGCUUCACCUGAAGCGAUUGCAGCAGUCGUUCUUUGGCCAGUCUGCUGCGCCAAGUCUUGCGCAGUACAAGCAGGCCUUCUUCCAAGACUUUGAUUUGGCUCAGCCGGGAGGCUCCUCUCUGCGCCGCGUGAUUGAGCGACUGCGCUACUGGCACGGACGGCUCCAGAACGACGUGGAUCGCUUGCCGCGGUUUGCUCGGUUGGAAGGCUCGAGUCGGUAUCUGUCUCAGAUUCCGGCCGAUAACAUUCACGUUCCAGGACUGACGCAAGCCUCGCUUCUGCAUGUGGAUGGCGUCGCAGCACAAAGCCAGCUGGCUCAGAUCCAAACGCAACAGGCCGCUUCUCUUGGUGGCCAGGAACCGCCAUCUCCGUUCUUUGAGCCUGUGUGCAUCGUUUCGUUCCUUCCCGAAGUUGAGGUCGUCUACCGUCACAGCGCGUCCUACAGGCGCAUUACCGUGCGUGCUAGCAACGGCAAGCUGUAUGCAUUCCUUCUCCAACACACGUCAGCCCGCCAAGCACGUUCCGAGGAGCGCGUCGUCCAACUUUGCAACUCGCUUACGCCGCUGCUGAAGCGCGAUGGCGAGGCGGACCGUCGUGGGCUCUCGCUGGCGCUUCCUGCUCCAAUUCCCCUCUCCCCUCACGCCCGUCUGCUGCACGAUGAGCUCAGCACCGUGUCGAUGGAAGCCAUCCUGAAGCAUCGCUUGACUGCGCUCGGUCUUCCCGCCGAUGCUGUCAUCGCGCGCGCCUUCCAAGCACUCGUGUUGCCAGGCGAUUCUGCCUCCCCCGCGCCAGUCAGCACUCCCUUGGAUUUGCCCGCCGUCGCCCCUGGGCCAGUCUCAACCUCGCGGGAGACCUUCCAGCAACUCACGCAUGGCGAGGGCGCUCUCUGCCCGCCAACCGUGCUUGCUCACUAUUUUGCUCGGAGCCUCGAAUCAGCCUCUGAUUUGUGGAUUUUCCGUCGGCAAAUUACGCGUCAGCUUGCAACCUUGUCGCUUCUCUCUCACAUUCUCCUGCUUGGUCAACGCUACCCGCACCGAAUGAGCUUCUCUUUGGCUUCUGGCAAUGUUGUGCUCUCUGAUUUGCAUCCAACCUUCAGCCAUUCGGGUCGCUUGGAAAACACGGAGGCAGUUCCCUUCCGCUUGACACCAAACUUGGAGCACUUUAUCACACGCGUUGGCGUUGAAGGCCCUUUCACAGGAGCGUUCAUGUCGGUUGCUCGCGCGCUUGCUCAACCCGAGGCCAACUUGGACGACUUGCUCACGAUUUACAUGCGCGAUGAGCUUGUUGCGUGGUACUUUGCGCACCCAGCCAACACGAAACGCACAGCGAUCGAUGGGCGCCCGCUGAUUGAGCGCGUCAACGAAAACGUUGCCGGAAUCAUGUCGCGUCUCCAAUCUGUCGCCUUUGCACCCACCACCGCCGCAGAGUCGACCCGCAACGAGUCUCGGCUUGUUCCCUCCGACAUCAAUCUGGCCCCGUCCUCGCAAACUCGCGUGUCAGCAAACGCACUCAAGCUGAUCGCCACGGCGACCAAUCUAGACGACCUUCGUCGCAUGGACGUCACUUGGCAACCUUGGUUGUGAACAAGAUUCAAUCCGAACAACCAUUAGGCCGCCAUCAUCACCACCACCACCCACACCACUCACACCACCCACCCACCCAGUCACCCAUUAUUGCUCGUCGUGUUUCCGUUGAUUUGUUUUUUGAAUUAUAAAUUCCUGCCAAA